AGCCAUGACCGCCGCGCCCGCGCCGCUGCUGCUGCUGCUGCUGCACGCCUGCCUGCUGCUCGCCCUCGUCUGCAAGCCAGGCUGGUGCUCUGAGGACGAAGAGCGGCUGGUGCGCGACCUGUUCCGUGGAUACAACAAGCUCAUCCGGCCCGUGCAGAACAUGACGCAGAAGGUGGAGGUGCGCUUCGGACUCGCUUUCGUUCAGCUCAUCAACGUGAACGAGAAGAAUCAGAUCAUGAAGUCAAACGUAUGGCUUAGACUGGUGUGGAACGACUACCAGCUGCAGUGGGACGAGGCCGACUACGGAGGAAUCGGCGUUCUGCGUCUUCCGCCCGACAAAGUCUGGAAGCCGGAUAUCGUGCUCUUCAACAAUGCCGACGGGAACUACGAGGUGCGCUAUAAGUCCAACGUGCUCAUCUACCCCAACGGCGAGGUGCUCUGGGUCCCACCUGCCAUCUACCAGAGCUCGUGCACCAUCGACGUGACGUACUUCCCGUUUGACCAGCAGACGUGCAUCAUGAAAUUCGGGUCGUGGACGUUCAACGGAGACCAAGUGUCCUUAGCGCUGUACAAUAACAAAACCUUUGUGGACCUGUCCGAUUACUGGAAGUCGGGUACGUGGGACAUUAUCGAGGUGCCGGCCUACCUCAACAUCUACGAGGGCAACCACCCGACCGAGACGGACAUCACCUUCUACAUCAUCAUCAGGAGAAAGACGCUGUUCUACACGGUGAACUUGAUCCUGCCCACGGUGCUCAUCUCGUUCCUCUGCGUGCUCGUCUUCUACCUGCCGGCCGAGGCCGGCGAGAAGGUCACCCUCGGCAUCAGCAUCCUGCUGUCGCUAGUCGUCUUCCUGCUGCUCGUCUCCAAGAUCCUGCCGCCCACGUCGCUGGUGCUGCCGCUCAUCGCCAAGUACUUGCUGUUCACGUUCAUCAUGAACACGGUGAGCAUCCUGGUGACGGUCAUCAUCAUCAACUGGAACUUCCGGGGCCCGCGCACGCACCGCAUGCCGCCCUGGAUCCGCGCCGUCUUCCUCUACUACCUGCCCAUCCUGCUGCUGAUGCGCCGCCCCAAGAAGACGCGCCUGCGCUGGAUGAUGGAGAUGCCCGGGAUGGGCGCGCCGCCACACGGGUCGCCGGCCGACCUGCCGAGGCACCUGCCCCCGGUGGCGGCGGCGGCGGCGGCCGCGGCGGCGGCGGGGGCGGGCCACGGGCCGCGCGCCAAGCUGGAGGCGGUCGAGAUGUCCAACCUGCACCACCCCAACUGCAAGGUCAACCGCAAGGCCAGCGCCGCCGAGCUGCCGCCCGCUCGGCGCGAGAGCGAGAGCUCCGACUCGCUGCUGCUCUCGCCCGAGGCCUCCAAGGCCACCGAGGCGGUCGAGUUCAUCGCCGAGCACCUCAGGAAUGAGGACCAGUACAUCCAGAUCCGGGAGGACUGGAAGUACGUAGCAAUGGUCAUCGAUAGGCUGCAACUUUAUAUCUUUUUCUUGGUGACCACGGCAGGUACAAUUGGUAUUCUGAUGGAUGCUCCACAUAUAUUUGAAUAUGUGGACCAGGACAGAAUAAUUGAGAUUUAUCGAGGAAAAUGAGUGACUUCCAAGAGAGUUCAUUUUCCUUCUAAUUAUUAUUUUGUGACUGUUCUCAAAAUUAGGACAGUCAGUUAUUUUGAGUGCAGUGUACAACAGAUGUUCCUGUGAAUGAACAUCGUAAACAGUUGAAAGAAGUCUGCAUGCUCUAUGAGCUAUAUAGUGAUACUCUGUUACUUAAUAGUGAUGGUAAACUAUUCAAACUACAACCACCAAAUCAAGAUACAAUUCAUUAGAUAAAAUGCUAUAUGAUAAUAAAUGAACUCAUAAUGAAUGACCCAUUCAAACUGAGUACAGUUGAACUUGUUGUUAUUAAGUGGCAACCUAGAGUUGAUGAGUGGCUAGUAAGAUGAUAGGCCUAAUGGUUGUUUUGGUCCUAGUUUAAGAACAUUCUUUUAUAAUCAAAAGAAGAGGGGAGUGUUUUGGAAAAGUGGAACAAUGACAUGGAAAUCAUAAAUGUUUCCUUUGAAUAAGGAAUAAUGAGUGCUCAAAUUACAUCCUAUUACAAAAAGGAAUUAGAAUAUUAUCUUCAAAAUUAAAGUGGAGGAUGCUUACACAAUGUAAAUCGCCUUCUAUACAUCAAGAUAUGUCAUUAUAUCUUUGUACAUAUAUUAAUGGAAAGAGUGUAAAUAGCCCUCUACAGUAUAAAAGAACAUGUUGUUACAUACACCAAUCAAAGUUGUGCCCUGUGAUUUGACAAUGACAGUGGCUGUGGAAGAAUAGUAGAAGGUCAUUCGCAAGUCAUUUUACUUUCGUAUUACUUUGAGUGCACAUUAGAUUAUGUAGACAACACCAUGUUAGGAGUUGUAGGUGCUUCAUAUCUGCAGUGAAACCAUAUGGAAUACUGCAAAAUGAAAUUCACCAGUACAAAGCAAAAUGGAAGUUUUGGUGACAGAUUACAUGUUUGAAGAAUAAUGUCCACUUACUGCCAAAAAUGUACGUAAAAAAUCUUCUGUAAGUUUCAUACAGUUUCUGUUGUGGAUAAUUCUCUUAGUAUCAAAAUUUUGUAUUACUUUUAAAAUUUUAUUGUAUAUUUUUAUGCAGAUUCAUCCUGUAUAAAAUUUCACAUUUUGUAUAUUGUCUUCAAAAGAAUUUCUCUCAUCAUUAGAAAGCCCUGAUAGGAUUAUUUAGGGUGAGGUUCAAAGAAAUUUAUGUAUUGCAACAAAAUGAUUACACUGCCCAAUUUCUUUGUCUAUGAAUCAUUGGGUAUGUUUUCAUAACUGGGAAAGUACUGAAGGCCCUCAUUAAAAUGAAAAUCUACAGAUGCUAAAUGCUUGGUGCUGGCUUCUUUUUGAAAAGCAUGUGGCAUUUACACUAUAUCGUAACAGGUAAUGUUUAUUCCUCUUCUGCAUCCUGUCAAAUUGGUAAUAUUUUCCAGUGAUAGUUUUAUCAUUAUUAUUAUGCUUACCAAAUUCUUCUGUUUGAUUGUUUCUUGAUAAACACUGGUUCUGUUGAUAUACCUUAUGUCUAUAAUGGUGAUUUCUACU